AUGAUUUUGGUUAUUUGGGAAUCUGGGCUCAGAACCCAGUCCCCUGACUGCAGUUUAGUGUUUUGUCUACAUAACUGCUACCUGCCUAGUGAGGUUUUGCAGAUGCUGAUUCUAAUUAGAAACAGGUUCUUGGCAGUAUUUUCUAACCUAAGAAGUUUGUUCCAUCCCUCUGUUCUGGGAUUACUUUAUGUUGAUUCAGUUCUGUUUAGCAUCCUGUUUCCAUUUUCUUUGGCUCAUUUCUCCAAGCCCAAACUCGCAGAAAAGUGGAAGUGGAGGUUGACCGAUAUUCACCUCUCUGGAAGCCCCAGCUAG